AUGAGGAGCGAAUGUAGGAAAGCCGGGAAGAUCCUAGCUUCCUUCGUCGACCCGCGCCAGGCCUUUGGUCCAGACAAGAUCAUCCCGCCACAAAUUUUGGCCAAUGCGAAGGGCCUCGCCGUCAUCACCGUUUUGAAAGCCGGUUUCAUCGGCUCAGGCCGAUUCGGCUCGGGUAUCGUGGUUGCACGCCUCGCUGACGGCACCUGGUCCGCGCCUUCGGCUAUUGCGACUGCGGGCGCUGGAGUUGGCGGUCAGAUUGGAUUUGAAUUGACCGACUUCGUCUUCAUCCUCAACGACUAUGCUGCCGUCCGGACCUUCUCACAAGCGGGCACGCUUACUCUGGGAGGCAAUGUCUCGGUAGCCGCCGGCCCUAUUGGCAGAAAUGCAGAAGCCGCCGGCGUAGCGAGUAUGAAGGGUGUUGCGGCUAUCUUCUCCUAUUCGAAAACCAAAGGGCUGUUUGCCGGUGUGAGCCUAGAAGGAAGUGUCCUGGUCGAGCGGAGGGAUGCAAAUUCCAGACUAUACAAUUCAAAGGUCACUGCGAGUCAACUACUGGGAGGUGCUAUUCCGCCUCCACCGGGUGCAGAGCCCCUUAUGCGCGUUCUUCAAUCAAGAGCGUUUUCUGGUGCCCGUGCGUACGAUGCCACAAUGUAUAACGAUAUUCCCAUCUAUGAUGAUCGUCAUGACAAUGUGAUUUGGGAAGGGAGAAGAGGAGAUGCCCUUGGUGAGGGUGUUCCACGGAGUCGAUCCGGAUCAGUAAAUGAUGGCUUUGCAUAUCAAGACAGAUCGAAAAGAUCCAGCACAUGGGCGGAUGAAACGUACGACCGCUCGCCUGCUAAUAGAUACAGGGCACCCAGUAGCCAGAACGGCCAGAAUGACUUUGAAAAUCUCUCGAGUCGCGGUCGCAGUUUUACAGCUGGUGCUUACGGCAGUGACUAUGUAUACCGCGAUCAGAAACCCGCCCGCCCAACGGCUCCGAAGCCGAUAUUUGGGCAAAAGCCGCCUCCAGUUGCCUUGCAGAAAAACCAGGCUAUUGCUCUCUUUACAUUUGACGCUGAUCAAGAUGGGGACCUGGGAUUCAAAAAAGGAGAGAUCAUCACAAUUCUGAAGCGAACGGACAAGAAAGAAGACUGGUGGACGGGGCGAGUGGGAGAUCGAACUGGUAUCUUCCCAAGCAACUACGUUGAAGUCGUGGAGUAA